CGGGCUCGAGCUCAAUCGCCUCUCCCAAGUACCAGCCAGAUUGCUUUGAACUUUGCCCUGCCCAAAAAUGGAGGCAAAGAAAGAGUCUGAUGUGGACAUGACGCCUCGAUCUUACGGCACCGUCCUGGUUGUUGGCGGCUGCGGUUUCCUGGGCUCGCGACUCGUGGACCAAUUGCUCAACUUUCCCUCCGAAGAAGCAGAUGCAGUGAGCAAUGCAGCCUCGUCGCAGCAGCGGCAGGGAUCAAACGGUGCCACAGCCGUCGACACCACAAAGAAGCCAACCUCCACUUCCAUCCCGACCCCUAACGCCGAGAAAUACGACAUCAAUACCCUCCUCCCCUCGUCCUUCCCGCCCCUGCGCAGCCGCUACCCUCCUAUAGACCAGACCUCUACGUUCGUCCAUGUGUUGGACUUGAGAUGUACGCAACACAUCUUCCCCAGCGCGACGUACCACUCCGCCGACAUCACCGACCCGAAUUCUCUUCUCGAGGUUUUCCGGAAAGUCAAGCCUAACGUGGUCAUCAACACGGCGUCCCCGUCGUGGGAAGCCCCUCCGGCCAUACUCCGAAAAGUGAACAUUGACGGCACACGGACACUGCUGGAGGUUGCCGGCGGGAAGAAACACGGCGACUGGGGCGGCUGUGUUAGAGCCUUCGUCCACGUCUCGAGCGCGAGCGUGGUCCACGAUGGCGAAUCCGACUUGAUCAACGCGGACGAACGGUAUCCCUACGUGUGUCCGAACCCGAGGGAGUACUAUUCCGAGACAAAAGUCCUUGCUGAGAAGAUUGUGCUCGAGGCCAACGCCAACCCGGAGUAUAGUGAUGCAGGGAAAAUGCUGACCUGUGCAGUCCGCCCCGCAGGCAUCGUUGGCGAGGGAGACCGCGGAGGGUUUUCCGGGGCCAUUCUCAGGACGGCAUCAGUUGCCCCGGAUUGGCAACUACAUAUCCAGCUGGGCGACAAUGGAAAUCUGUUCGACAACACCUACGUCUACAACGUGUGCUUCGGACUGCUGUGCGCCGCGCAGGUCCUCCUGGAAGGUGGGAGGAGGAAAGGGGCGUCGCUGUCUGAAAAAGUCGACGGCGAGGCGUUCAACGUCACCAACAACCAGCCGGCCUUCUUCUGGGACUCGUCGCGCUAUCUCUUUUCGCGGUACGGCCGGACCAUCAACCCGAGCCGCAUCGUCGCCCUCCCCACGUCGCUGGCCACUUUCGUCGGCGGCGCCGCGGAGGCGUUCAACCACCUGACGGGCCGGAAGGGCAAGCUGAAUCGCCAGACGGUCAAAUACGCCACAAUCUCGAGGUAUUACUCGUGCGAGAAGCUCAUGAACAGGACCGGGUACGUGCCCGUGGUGGGACUCGACGAGGGGUUUGCGAGGAGCGUGCGCUGGUUCAAGCGAGAUGAGGAACAGCAACUGAGGGAGCAGGGCGAGUGGAAGAAAGAGCAAUAGACACGAGAUGAGAUAAGACAAGGGCAAAGACAGAAGUCCUCGAUGCUCAAUCCUGGUUCGACGACGCAGUAUCAUGUCAGGUCAGGUCGAUACAAACGCAGGCAGCAAUGCACGCUGGUGGAUAUAAACAGGACACUGCAAGCCAGAUAAGAGGACGGGGUCAGGUUCCAAAGUUGAGCGUAGAGCCGCAUUAUCCUGAUGGCAUGGAGACAUGGUUUAAUGGCCCAGCGGCAGAGUAUAGACUCAGGCGUUUGGAUGUUACAUAGAUGCACAGGGACAAACGUCUCUUCAUCCAGCCCAGGAGAUCUCAGGGUCGGGCCUCUCGGCCACUACGGCGCUUACUUGUAUGGUGAAUACCUAACGGUGUAUAUACCGGGAGAGGCCAUGCGUGAAUGAAUGGGAUUCCCUACACAUAACUGAGUGACUGAGUGACUGAGUGACUGAGUGACUGAGUGACUGAGUG